UAGAUUAACACGGUCUGUCCUGCUCUCGGCAGUGGCGCUUGAAUCUCGCCUCGCCAGACUAGAGCAGAGCAACGCACGUACACUGAGCUAGUAUUGAGUUUUAUUUCUCUUUUAAAUCUCGCUGGUUAUUUAAAGUUAAUGGCUGAUGAAGAAUUGGAAGCUAUUAGACGGCAACGUAUGGCCGAACUCCAGGCGAAACAUGGGGACCCUUCCAAUGACCAGCAGGGACAGCAAGAGGCCAAGCAAAGAGAGACUGAAAUGAGAAACUCUAUACUGGCUCAAGUCUUAGAUCAGUCUGCCCGUGCCAGGUUGAGUAAUUUAGCUCUUGUAAAGCCAGAUAAAGCAAAAGCAGUGGAAAAUUACCUGAUACAGAUGGCUCGCUUUGGACAGCUUGGAGGAAAGAUCACAGAGACUGGUUUGAUAGAGAUCCUUGAAAAAGUUAGUCAGCAGACGGAAAAGAAAACAACUGUAAAGUUUAAUCGACGGCGAGUAAUGGACUCGGAUGAAGAGGAUGACGAUUGACAGGAAGGUGUCAUGAGUCAACUGGGAUUUCUUUACUUACGGGCAAAUACUCUGGUGUUAAUAUUGACCAGGGCACAAUUUCAACUGACCAACCCAGGAUCAAAACACAAUCUCGGACAAAGAACUUUGAUCUGUGGCUGUGCAGAAGCUCUUUAUUUAAAUACUUUCUUAAUUUCUCAAUAGUUUAGCAAUUCUCUUUAUUUAACUUUACCUCAAACACACCUGACUGUAGUAACGCAGCUACAUAUUAGUGACUUUUGAGCACACUGAGGACUUGAAAUAAUCAGACAUCUGCUUUUGUGUCCUUUUUGGGGAGACUUGUGCAACUGUUUACAUACAAUAAAAGCCUUCAACAAAAUUGUAGUGUGAUAUUUUGCAAAGCAAUGUCAUUUGCCUUGCAUGUAGCGUGAAUGUUGUUCGAACUGUACGGAAUUCACAAUAUGUGCACAUUUAAAUUUUAUAAAUAAAAAAUUAGUAAAUUAUUCCAUACACAUUUCAUUUAAAGUCAUAGAUUUCUGUUUUAACAUAAGUUUGACUAGCAUACAAGACUCUUUUUGUGUUGUUUUCUUUGUUGUUGUCAGGAAUCAAUACAGAAGCAUACUUUCAAACAUACA